UUACUGGAAUGUAAAAUGACACAAGCUGUUGUGCUACACCCACCUUCAGUGCAGGCACCACUAUGGACCGCAAUAGGAAUGACUGGCACAGGACAAGAAGAGAAAGUGAAACCUACAUGCAACAGAAUGACGGGUGACAGGAGUACUACACUGCACAUCCUGGAGGAGCCUCAGAUGCGGAGAGAAGGGGAGAGACUUCGAACUUUUCAGAACUGGCCAGCAGAUGCGCCUGUCACAUCUGGAGAGCUGGCCAAGGCGGGCUUUUUCUUUAUAGGCCCCGGAGAUAAAGUCCAAUGUUUCUGCUGUGGAGGGAUUUUAAGAUGUUGGGUACAUGGGGACUGCCCGGCCGAAGAGCACAACAGGCAUUUCCCCACUUGCAGUUUCAUACUGGGUCGAUCUGUGGGGAAUAUUGCUCUCCAACUCGGAUCCUCUGACUCCGUGGAUGGCCAACUUUUGAGCCAACUCCAGAGGAUGACUAUCGAUGAACAGGGCACAGCUGGACAGGCGGUGUACCCAGAGAUGGAGGCGGAGGAUUCCCGGCACACUACUUUCCACAACUGGCCCACAGAUGCUUCAGUCCAGCCAGAUAUUCUUGCCAGAGCAGGGUUCUUCUACACAGGCCACGGGGACAAUGUGAAAUGCUUCUACUGUGAUGGAGGGCUGAGGAACUGGGAGGCAGGAGACGACCCCUGGCAGGAGCAUGCCAAGUGGUUCCCACGAUGUGAGUUUUUAAUCCAGGCAAGAGGGCGGGAGUAUAUCAGCAACAUACAGGAUGCUCAUUUCCAUCUGGGUGAGACUGUGGUUGGAUCACAGACUCCCACAGGCAGAGAUAUUGGAUCCAGAAAUGAUGUGGUCGGGGGUCUUGGAGCGUCCUCUGCCAUGCUCUCUCCUGUGGUGCAGACUGUGCUGCAGAUGGGCUUUGAAGCCAGCUUGGUGGAGAGUUUGGUGCAGACCAAGUACCUUUUGUCAGGUCAGCACUACACCUCUGUGUCUGACCUGGUCACUGACGUACUGCAGGCAGAGCAGGAGGACAGACAGAGGGGACAACAGAGCAGAGAGACAGAAACUGUGCAGGGGUCCAGUGCUGGAAUUGUUAGGACACAAACACGCGUCAGAGAGCAAGUAAAGGACCCAAGCCCCGAGGAGCUGCUGAGGCAACUGCAGGAGGAGCGGACCUGUAAAGUGUGCAUGGACAAACUGGUGUCCAUCGUCUUCAUCCCCUGUGGUCAUUUGGUGGUGUGCGGGGAUUGCGCUACCAGCUUGCGUCACUGCCCAAUCUGCAGAGCUGUGAUUAGAGGCAGCGUUCGUGCUUUCAUGUCCUAACGCUGUAGUGAUAAAAUGCUGUUUCACAGGUGUUGCACGAGUGGUCGAAAUGUGUAUUAAUUUGACCUACUACUGAUAAAAAAGGAUUAUUUCCAGUUGCUUGUCAGAGUUUGCAGAUUGUUUUCUAUAAUAAA